UCUGCGGUCUCAACUCUCAAUCAACGCUUUCUGUGGACCAAAACUUUUUCUGUAAAAACAAUCGUCUCCCUUGCUUUGCUUUCAGUUUCAGUUUCAUUCUCUAUCACGCGCACUGUGUAACCACUGGAAGGGUCACCAAGAUGAGGCAGCCAACAUUGCCGAAUAGAUCAGACGGCUCUCGGUUGUCAGCUCUUCCGUGUUGGAGAUACAACAGUGUAAAACAGGAGCACCGCUCCAGUCGACACAAAUCUAAAGUUCCGAUUAAGACGACCACAAACAAUUUCUUCUUGACAUCGUCGAUAUCGGAAGAUCGAGAUUUCUCCGCUCUCCCAUUCGACUUAUUAACGAAGAUCGCGGCAUCGUUCACGCUUCCUGACCUGCAAGCGGCGUCGUUGGUGUGCAGGUCGUGGAGGGACGCGCUCUGUCCUUUACGGGAGGCUAUGGUGCUGCUGAGGUGGGGGAAGCGGUUCAAGCAUGGGAAAGGUGGCGUGCGGCCCAACACGGAGAAGGCUCUGGAAUCUUUCUUGAAAGGCGCCGCACGUGGCUCCACGCUAGCCAUGGUUGAUGCGGGCCUCAUGUACUGGGAAUCGGGGAAGCGAGAGGAGGCUGCUGCCUUGUAUCGAAGAGCUGCUGAGCUUGGCGAUCCAGCUGGACAGUGCAAUUUGGGAAUUUCUUACUUGCAAGGUCAACCUCCAAACCCGAAAGAAGCUAUAAAAUGGUUGUAUCUAGCUUCUGUUGCUGGCCAUGUUCGAGCUCAAUACCAGCUUGCACUUUGUCUGCAUCAAGGCUCUGGAGUGGAUCUUAAUCUACAAGAAGCGGCUAGAUGGUAUUUAAAAGCUGCUGAAGGUGGGUAUACACGUGCCAUGUACAAUAUUGCUUUGUGCUAUGAAGUCGGGGAAGGUUUGGGCCGCAGUCAUCGACUAGCGAGGAAAUGGAUGAAGAGGGCAGCUGAUCGUGGGCACACUAAAGCUCAAUUUGAACAUGGUCUUUGUCUAUUUUCAGAAGGAGAGUUGAUGACUGCAGUAGUAUAUCUGGAACUUGCUUCCCGGGGUGGCGAAUCAGCAGCAGUUAAUGUUGAGAACAUAAUUCUUCAGCAACUGUCGGCAGCUUCACGCGAUCGUGCCAUGUUUCUUGCUGACAGUUGGCAUGCUUUGCCUUCUUGUCGAUGACAUAUAUUAAUGAUGCUUGUUGUAACGAGGGCAGAUAAAUUGGACAUCUGCGUGAAGUGUUAAUAGCUUGAAGAGGAGUUGGUAGAAAAUUAAUCGCCUUUAUGUUCACUCAUCAACUGCUAGUGGAGAUGGCUGAUUGAGCUUUUUGCCUGUCUGGAUGAGCAGGAGAAAAUGUGGUUUAACCUUUUGUAGUCGUUUGAUGUCCUUUGUACGUGAGUUACACUAUUGGUGUGAAAAAUGAAGAGAAGUUUUCCUUUCAGUCAAAUGCCUGGUUUGUAUUCUGCAAGAGAAUCUGCAUUGUUCUUGUGGAAAGCAAAAAAUCUGAAUCGGUGAAGGGCUUUUUUUU